AUGGUUGACCAGCAACACGUUCACACAUAUGCAGCUGAGACUGCCAACAAGACCGAUCAUCUUUUGCUCGCCGCGUCAAUUCCGGAUAGAUCACAACCUCUGCCACCCACCACAAGUACAGCGUUUGACCGUCCUCAGAAUGACACCAUGGCCGAAUUUCUUGUCAACUUGCCCAACGAACUUCUUGCUCUGAUCAUCGAAGACGAAGAUCUCACCGUGAACGAUCUCGUGAACCUCCGCCUUACUUGCAAGCGCACCAAACACUUUGCUUCGAGUGCUCGUGGCCGGCGCCUAUUUGUCGACUUGAAGGUCUGGGAUAAGCGCAACGCCUUCAACUGGUUUUCCGAUCUCCUGCUCUCAGAUCUAGGCAGCCAUAUACGAUCCUUCGCCUUGUUCGAAUGGCGCCGGAAGUCUGGGAAGACACUCCCACCCAGAGAUUACGUACACAGGGAGAGCAAGAUCAAGCCUGACUACUCUUGCCUGCAAGACAUCUCGGUGAUGUAUUGCGGAGAUGUAUUGCACGACCCGGUACGCUCAUGGAAGAAGGCUGUAGGCGCGGCGAUCCAUCUCAAAGCCUUCAGAAUUGUAAACUUUGAUGAGGCUCGUUCGGUUGGGGCGUACUGGCUUGGAGUCUACCCUCACAAAUUCUGCAGUAAUGAUGAGCUUCUGGGUAGCAUCAGGUCCGAUGGUCUGAGAGUACUAACGCUGGCUCACAUUCAUGUCUCUGCCGACAUGCUCAACAGUCUACUCGACAUCCACAGGGAAACGCUCUCCAUUUUCGACAUCAGGUCUUGCAUGCUCGUCGAAGGGAGAUGGUUCGGGAUUUUGGACUGGAUCAAGACAAACCUCUCGCAUCUCCAAACCUUGCACCUCGAUGUUCGUUACGAAGCAGUCAAGAAGAGGAAUUGUACUCAACCACUCGACAGCUGGUGUCCGCUUUACGUCGAUUCAUACCGUGCAAGAAGUCCAUACGCUCUUGUAAGACACAGAAGUCCCCUCAAUCUCCGCCUCGAAGGACAACAAAAGAUACGCAAUGGUCUAUCAGAACUUCUGAGUGUACGUGAGCGAUUUCAGGUCGUCUGA